UGUUCUAGUUGAUAACAACCCGCUACCCAUCGCCUAUGAAACCAACUGCCAAGACUGCCAAACCGUAUUGUAGUCUGUACUCCGACCAGCACUCAACCUCACCGUACUUGAUGAAAAACGAAGACUCCAAGAAAUGCUUCAUGUCAGGAUACACUGGCUUUGUGCCCAAAGCGAGAGGUCUGUUAGGAGUGGGAUAUCCUAAGCUUACGCACAAUGCACUAAACGAGUUCACCACGGAACAUGGUAAUGUGUUGAAAAAUCGUUACAAGCCAGUGACCCUGCAGCGUGACGCAUCAAAAGUCCACGACUCUAAGCUGAUAUACCCAAUCAGUUCUGGACUGGUGCCUCAGUAUACUGGACAUAUACCUGGUCAGAAGUUCCGGUAUGGUACCACCUUUGGUCAUAGCACCCUGAACGCGAGAAGAAUACGACGCGAAUCCAAUCUCUUAUCUGCCACUAUGUAACCAUGACAACGGUUGCCAUCUUACAAAGAUUCCGUCCAUUUAUAAAACUCAAACUACUUCCAUUGAAUAUAUUUACUUCUCCAAGAGUGCAGUUUAUUUGUUGUGUUUGGUUUCAAUGCAGCUAGAAUAAAAUACAAGAAACACAGUAUAUUAUUUUUUAUUUUUUUUCAAGCGCCCUCAUGGGCUAGUUCUCCCCCGUGACGAACCGUACUAGUAUUUCCACGUUGUAAAAGCAUUUGCAUUUGUGUCGUUCUGUUUAGUAGCACGUGCAGACCAUAUUGCUAUUUUUGGUGGAUAAACAUCAUAAUAAAGUCAUGGCAAGGAAAAACGAUUUAUCAUAUGUGGUCACGAACUUGAAUGUGGACGUCAUAACAGUCGCCAUGGCAACUAAAAUGUACUACUCAUAAUUUCAAUGCAGUUGUUGGAAGUGAAACACGUUGCAUUUCACGAUGUAACUAAGAUAGGCUAAAGCGCCACAGACGUCGUGCAGUGUGAAUUUUUCGUAAACAAUGUAUUUUACACGCGUUGUGUGUGUUGCAUGAGAUUCAUAUCAAACACAACGCAGUACGAUGACCGUGGAAUUACUCUACUACUCAAAGUAUAUGAACGAAAUGUGAUGUAUUUCGUCAGGUUGAUGUAAACAAAUUUGCCAGACUGCAUUUGUUGUUAAUAUUUUAAUUAU